ACGCCACUACGGUCAGAAGCCUAUGGAGCUGCGUUUUUUUUUAGACCAAGUAUUAUUUAUUUUCUUAAUCAGCCAUGUUUUGUGAUGUGCAUGUGUACGCGUGCGUAUAGGCCUAUGAGGGUUUUAUUAUUAUUAUUAUUUUAUUUCGGGAAAGGGAUUAUUCUGGGCUCUCGUCGUUUAGGGAGGGCACUGGUCUGAGGAAGCUAUGAAUUUUGAAUUUGAGAGGGAGAUCGGGUUUAUAAACAGCCAGCCGUCCCUAGCAGAGUGCUUGACGUCCUUCCCCGCCGUCCUGGAGUCAUUUCAAACUUCAUCAAUCAAGGAGUCGACAGUAAUUCCGCCUCCCUUCGAGCACACCAUCCCCAGCUUUAGCCCUUGCACAGUCACCCAGCCGAAACCAGCUUCUGGGAGUCAGCAAAGUCGGAGAAGCUCUGCUACAAAUGACCACCAGACCCAUCACCGCGCCGUACAGCAGCCAUGCCCGCCUGGCCAGGCCCCUGCACCGGCUACCCCGGCUGGUCCGCUGGCUCACGAGUUUCCCUGGAUGAAAGAGAAGAAGUCAUCCAAGAAAUGCCCCAAGCCUGGAAUCAGCUCCAGCGGGGCUGGAUCCAUCAUCUCACCGACAUCAUCCUACCCUUCACCAAACGCCUCUGGGUACGCUUCGACGGGCAUUGAGUCACCCACAGACUCCAGCCAGGUUGGCCUGGAUGUCGGAGGAGCUGGGUCCCGUCGUCUGCGCACCGCCUACACCAACACGCAGCUUUUGGAGCUGGAAAAGGAAUUCCACUUUAACAAGUAUUUAUGUCGGCCGAGGAGAGUGGAAAUCGCCGCUCUUUUAGAUCUUACAGAGCGACAGGUCAAAGUUUGGUUUCAGAAUCGUAGGAUGAAACACAAGCGACAGACCACACACCAUCGGGAUGGAGGCGGAGGAAGUCCGUGUUCCAGCGGAUUUGAGCCGCUUGAAGGGGCCGAUGCGUCGUCCCCGUACUCCAGUCAGCCGCUGGAAGCGUCGGAGGAUAGCACGACAGAGAGCGAACAGGGGAGCGGUGCGCUUUUGACUGCUAUUCCCGGCGCCUAUAGCACCACUGACAACGGAAACAAUGCACAACCCACGCAGGAGGACACAGGCCGUGUGAGUCAGCAGCAGCCAGUGACAUCUGGCUCAACGGACUCUGCUGCGGCUUUGCGCUCCCCGACGAAUUCAACUGACAGCACCGGUCUGAGGCCCCACAGCGGGCCUGGGACUGCACCGGGAGCCGAACCGUCUUUUUUGGACCACCGGGAUUCAUCCACCGCUCCAUCUGAAUCUCACGCGUCCUCCUCCUCAUCAUCCACUGCGCUAUCCGACCUGACUCUUUUCACCGAGGACGCCUGCUUGUCUCCCAGCCUGCAAAGCUCCUUGGAUAGUCCGGUGGAUUUUUCCGAGGAGGACUUCGACUUGUUCACAAGCACACUGUGCACCAUAGAUUUACAACACCUCAACUUCUGAAGGUAGUGGCAACGGUUCAACAAGAGGAAUAUUAUAAAGACAUCAAACACACCAGGGCAGAAGCGACCUUUGUGGAUGAACAAUCAGCAGAAAAACAUCCAACAGGACUGUCGUUCUAGAAGCGUCUCGGCAAAAUUCCUGUAAGGUUUAUAAAUUAAAAUAUUGCUCUUGUUUCAGCUAAAAUUCAUUUACGCUAUUAUUUCCGUAUGUCAUUUGAGGUUUAACAGACAGAGUCAGCAAAUUAUUUAUUUAUUUUUUUAAUCUUUAUUUCUUUUUUUUUUCUUUUUUUUGUAAUUGCAAAAUUGUUUGGGCGUUGUUUUUUUUCGGCUAGAUUUUUUUUCUCUCCUUAAGACGUGAAAUAUGAGGUGUUAUUUUACUUAGGAUCUUUUAGCUCUUUCUUUGUUUGUUUUUUGUAAGUUGGGCUUCUUCUAAUCGAUGAGAUGAUUUUUUGUUUGUUUUUUUUUUUUUGUCUGCUAGGGGGUUCAGCUUCGUGGAUAAAAAAACUCAGGAACUUGUCACAGAGACUUGAUGCGGACGGCAGGACUGCUUUGGGGAAAAUAUCUCUAAAUUGACAAGAGUUGUCAGCGAGAAGCUCUGCUGUGGGGCCGACAUGUAGACGUUAGUUUAUUUAUUAAGAUUCUUUAAUAGUGAAAAUCUAAAUUAUUUAUUGUACAAAUAUUUUCAUAGUGGGAUAAUAAUAAAGAAUAAAAAUAUAAACGUUCACAUCGUGCUUCAUGAUUUUGUUCAGUAUCCGGGGAUGUAGCAGCGUUAUUCAUUUUAUUUUAUUCAGCAUCCAUUUUAUGGGUUUUACAUGUUAUAUAUUUAUUCUUUGAGUUCAAACAGCAAAUAAUUGAGGCAUUAAAAACAAAAUAGUAGAAAAUAUAUCUAUGUAGAAAAUGUAAUACAUCCCCAUUUAUGACUAUUAAAAUACAGUUGCAGUUUUUUAAAGGCAUAUUUUAAUCAUUAAAUAAAUAAUUUUAACCACAAAUUUAUAAUAGUAAAUUUGCUAAUAAAUUAAUUGAUGCCUUCCUUUCACUGAAAAUACUACACAAUUAGUCUUAUGAAAUUCUUGACAUUAUGUAAUUUUACCGCAAAACAUUUCUGGAAAAUUGGAUGUUUCGUUAGUUUUAUCUUUCCAGUUUUCUUUAUCAAAUAAUGGUCUGUCACGGUAAACCGCCGCCCACCACCAUCACCAAAAUAAAAAAAAAAAUAAAAAAUCAACACAGCAGUUCUCCACCAGCAGAAACUAUCAGUGUGCAGAUGGAUUCCAACAAACAGCUGACAGACCCACAGAGAUUAAACACAGCAGAGCUCCUCUGUUGCCUGUUAUUUUCAUCUUAGGCCUAAUAAACUGCCGCUUUGCUGGGUAUCGUAUUCUGCUGGUGGUGAAUAGGAAGCUAAACAAGGGUUAGCAUGGCUAUAGCUUUCUGCCAUGUUUGUGUGUGGAAAUGAUGUUAACUAGCUGCUGCUCCAACCGCACAGUCAAAAUGGCGCUGAAAACAAAGAAGGUUGUGAACAAUGAGCAGUGGCAGCCAUUACAGGAUAACUGGCCCCC